AUGACCACGGUGGUCCCUUCUGGCCUUGGGAUCUGUGAAUCUAGGCUCCGGGCAAGCAACAGCGGUGGCUGGGGUCCUCCCCAGCCCCACAAGCCGAAUGGGAAACCGGAGCAGCUCAAAUACUCAGGUGUCGUCAAGAAAAAGGAUUCGGAAGUUUAUGUCGGAAAUGUCCCGCCUGAAAUGAAGGAGGAGGACAUAUUGCUCCUGCUCAGGGACUUCCACCCGCAGCGUAUUAAAAGGUGCCAUUCCGGGUUGAGAAGCUAUGCCUUUGUAGAUCUCGGCUCCUCUGAGCAGGUGCAGGCCGCAAUCCAGCGCUUCAGCGGGCACCUCGUGAACGGACGUCGCCUGUUUCUGAGCCGCACGGGCGCAGGCAACGGGAGGAAGGACCCGGCUGGGACCCAGCGCACCGUGGAAAUGCCCGCUUUGGAGAGAGUCCCCAGAGGAGAGCUUGGUCUGAGCCAGGCAAAGGCAGAGAACCAAACCCUGCAGCCGGCACCUCCCGCUGCAGUGAGGCAGAUCUGUUACGCGGUUCCCAUGGAAAUGAGGGGUUCCUUCUUGGCCCUCAUGCUGAAAGACUGCUUUAAGGAUUUGAACUGGUUGGUGUCCAUUGGAAAGCUGCACGGAGAGGCGGGGCUGCUGGUGACGGAUGCUCUGCCACAGACCCCGUACUUCUGGGCCAUACACCUCACAGAGGAGAGUCACUCGAACAUGCACAGGCUGUUCUGCCAGCUGGCGGAAGAGGAAUCCAAGCAGCCCUACCUGACGAAGCAGGCGGUGCAGCGAGGGACCCGCUGCAUGGCAGAGUGCAUUCUGGGGGACGACGGCGCGGCAUGGAACAGGUGCUGGGUCUUGGAGAAAGUGGAAGAUCUUGCAGUGGUUCUCUUUGUGGACUUUGGCCGUUCGGCCACUGUCCCUCUGAACUCACUGCGGAAGCUGGAUGAAGACGUUUUCUGGGACAUAAAACCGCUGGCCCAGCCCUUCAUGUUCCAAAAAGAGAUGGUCUCUGCAAGACCCAUGGUCCGGCAAAUCCUGCAAGGGAAGGUGGUCGGCCCGUCUCGCCUGGAGCCUCACAUCCUGACAUUCACCUUCUGCGCCGAGGAGGAAGAGGAAGCCGGGGACCCUUGGGAGCUCUGA